AUGACUCCUGAUGCGAGCUUGACGAAUCAUGAAAAGGUAAAAGAACGCGUUUCCCAGAGACUGCCAGCGAGUUUGGCCACUCAAUCACAGACAGGGUUCGGGGACCCCGACCCGAGUGCGCGUGGAGAGAACGCUAUGGCCAAAGCGGACCCAUACGAUGUCCUCGUGUCCACGGAGGCACUAUAA